AUCAAUAUCUCGUCAAGCGGUCGAUUGACCCCGAUCAAUGUCACUUGGCGGUUUGAUUGCUGAUUAUUUUGGAUUUUUUCCCAAAUAAUGCCAAAAUAGAAGACAAAUCUUAUAUUUGAAAGAUGGCUGAGGGAGGGCCUGUUAUGCAGAAUCAGUUGAAGUUCAAUUUAGGCAUAGCCCUUGCAGCCUCCAAUGUUGCUGUUAGGUACCACAAACCCAAUCCUAUCAUUGUGGAAAGAGCUGGUGGAAUGGUCAGUGUGCCGCCCUCGUCCAGUAAUGUUCCAGCUGACCGACUGUCGUCAGCACGAUCCUCAGUAGUAGAAGACAGGAUGGCGCUGGCAGUGCGCCUUGCUCAGCGAGACUUGAAGAAAGAAAGAGAGGGUAGACCUGUAAGAAGCAGAAGCCCUUCUCCAAAGACAUUUAAGACUAAAUUUAGUAAAGGUGGUACAAAAAUGGUUUACACAAAAGCAGCUAGAGAGAGGGCUGAGAGACUGCAAGAGAAGAGAGUGGGCAGGGAUCCACUGAAGGUUCGAGAACAGGGAUGGAACUCUGGGACCAGUGUGGCUCGAACACAGACCCCACCCAGAGAUAGGAUGGCUAGGCUUAAUCUACCUGCCACCACAAACUCCCCACCCACUAGGGAUACAGAUCAUUACCCAAGGUCAAUACAGACUGAUAAUCCUGCACUGGAGAUUGAGAGAAUGCAGAAAGAAAUGGAAGGAUAUCUUCAACAGAUACAAGUCAUUGAACAAAAGGCAAUGAGAGAACAACCAGGAGAAAUCAUGCAGCCAGCCAAGUCGAGGAAAAAAGAUGGUUACCUGAGUGAUGAGGAGGAUCCUGCACGACGGGCACUGCGCCAGGAGGAACAGGCGACACGUGCAGCACGUCAGAUAUAUAACUUGAGACAGCAGGUCAGAGCAUUGCACGAUCAGGUGACAAGAGGAGAGGGCAGAAAAGUCAAACACACAAAAAAGAGUCAGGUGAUGUUACGACUAGCUGCAGCUCACAGAGGUGCUGUGAGAGCUAUCCAAGGCUUUGUCAAUCAACAGUUACCACAACAGGACUUGCGUCAGGGCCUUCCAGCUGGGUAUCAUGAACUAGCACUGCUUAUAAGGCAGCUAGCACUACUGAGUACCCAGAUCAGAACUCAAAAUGACUCGGCUAAUGUUAAACAGGAUCUGAUAAAUAUGCUUGACAGAGUUGAUGAGCUUAACAGAGCGUGGUGUGCUGAGCUUGCACAGAACAAAGAGGAAGAUCUGGCUGAGGAACGACGACGUAAAUCUCCGAUUGGCAGACAGGUGGUGCCACCUGUACAGACCAAGAGUCGACAACCUCAAGGACAACAGAGAAAAUUUGGGAAGGAAAAUAGACCAAAAGGUCUGUUAAAGAAACAGUUUUACAAAGGGUCAAAACCUGUACAGAAGUCACAACGACCUAGAAAGUUAACUCCUGAGAGACAGAAUGUUCUACAAGCAGGUCUACAAGCAUUGGUACGAGAGGAUGCCAGACAGGGGGACCGCUGUGUUGCCUGGGACAUCCCUGCUGAGGACAGUAUGGUAACCGAGCCAGGCAAUACAAGUCUCAUCCUCCCCAAAGGCUUACAGUACAAGCGAGAGAAAGCACAGCGAUCUGCGGCCUUGGCAGUCCCAGAGUCCCACUUUGCAGAUCCAACAUUAGCUUCCAGUUUAAAAACUAAACAACAAGCCGAACAUGAAGCAAGAAGUCGAGAGCCAUGGAGACCAGGUGGUAGUGUGCACAAGUCUCCUGCCAGAAGUAGGUCACGAGACAGAAGUAGGUCAAGGAGUCCGAGGUCCGCUGACAGAAACUUUGUGAUACAGGAUAUGGAUACAGAACUCAUGCAGGAGUUAUUUCCAGAAGGUGUAGAUGGGAUGGGUAGAAGAGGCAGGUCAGCAAGUCCAAGGUCAAGGUCACAAAGACAGAGGUCAUUCAGCCCUCCAAGGUCACCGGAAUCAAGGUCAAGGUUCACUGCACACAAAAUGAGGUCAAGACUUGACAGACUGCAACAGAAUGCUGAGGAUGUUGGUAUGGUAAAGGAUCGAGAAAGAGAAUUGGCGGAAAUCAGCAUGAGGCAGAUGCUUGCAGAACAUGCUCGUGCAAAGGGAGAUGUCAAAGGAGAAUUGAUGACAGAUAUGAUACUGAAUGACAUUCUACAUGACACUGCAGCAGAGUUACAGUCUUUAGAAGAUGAUAACGAUAUUCGUGAUGAGGCAGUUACCAUGCAUCAUAACCCUACCCUUGAAAAUAUUUACCAAAGGCUAGAACAAAUGGAGCUUGAGCAGGUAGAUAUCAGGCGUAGAUGGGGAACUCUUCAGUUUGAGGAGGAGAACAGUUCUUCAUUAAAGAAGUUAAGAAAUAUUGAGAGACCUUCAGGACCAGUUGCCAUGGAGAUCACACGGAGAGAUCCUUCACAGUCACAUAGAGUUCAGAGCUCAAGAGCAUUUGACAAGGAAACAGAUGCCCCAAUUAUCUUCACCAAAUCUGCUCCUGCACCUCAGUACAGAGAGAGGUCUACACUUGUAGAAACAGAGGAAGCUUUGUUGAGUGAUUUACCUGUCCACAUGCCUCUCAGGAGUGGAAAAAUUCGCCUGAAGUUACCCGACUCAGCAGUACGAGAGAUUCAUAGUAACCUGGAGAAAUAUGAGAGACAUUUGAGGAAGACUUCGCACCAGUCACAUAGUAAAUUUGAUCCCUGGAAACUUGUGGAAGAAAUAUCAGACCAAGUGUUAGCAGAAUGUCUCAAUGAGAUUGAGAAAGAAUUGGAGGAUGUGGAGGAAAACAUUGUCCAUCAAGUAUGUAAAACUGAAUUUGCUCUCCCAGAAUCCUCUGCUCAGAAACAGGAAGUGGAAGAAACAGAGGAGGAUUAUGGGUAUAAUCAGUAUAUGGAACCAGUCAGUACCAGUAGACAUGAAAGUUUUAGAACCAAUCAAGGUGAAUACAGUAACUUUAGAACCAGUCAACAGGAAGUAGAAGAGCCGUCUGCAACAAGAGAAAGUGCAGAAAAGUCAAUUCUUCAAAGUAGUGUGGAUAAAUCAAGAGAAAAUGGUGCCAGCUCUAAAAAAGAAGUUAGCUUUGGUCAUGAUGUGAGUUAUGAAAGAGAAGUGAGCUAUGAACAUGAAGCGAUUUUUGAUGCAGCAGAUUUAGAUGUUGCCGUGGACGACUUAGACACAGUUAGAGAGCAGUAUGAGGAUGAUAUGUAUGAAGAAGAUGAUGAGGAUGAAGAAGAUGAAAUAUCAGAAGUUUCACCAAUAGACAGUGAGGAUUUAGAAUAUUCCUCAGACGAAUCUUGAUAAAAAAUUGACAAGCUAGAUUUCCCUAUACUUCCUUUUAUCCCUGUUAAAUGAAGGUUAAGAGGGGUAUUUAGGAGUUGUCUUUGGGUUGGUCAGGUGAACUUCUUGCAUACUUAUUAAAGAAUUCCUUUGAAAAUUUAUACAUAUCAUCAUGAGGUGUAGAUGUGUGUUACUUUUUACAGGGCUGGUCCAAGUAUCGCAGAGUUAAAGGCCCUUAAUAUUUCCUUUCACACACCGGUAUAGCUGUGGUAUUGAUCAAAUUUUGUGAUAGCUCUUAAGUUUCAUAUUGUUAUGAAAAAUAUUUUUUUAUAAAUUAAAUUGGUAUGUGGCUGUAUUUUAUUGAUUUUAUAGAAAGUGCAUGUCUCUGAUCCAAAUCAUAUACCAGUGGGAAAUAGAAAACAUUAACUUUCAUUGUAUAAUUGUUACCAUGGCUACCUGUUACUACUUUAGAGGUUAGAGAACUAGUAGAGUCAGUCAUAUAAAUCUUAUUAAUUUUUAAAGACUAUACACAUGUAAUUGUAGUAGCUUUAUCCAAACAGUUUGUAGUGUCUUGUAUAAUGAAGUAUACUAUUCUAUACCUUAAAAGUAACAUUAUCAGGGGCACAGCUACACGACAUGUAUAUGCAGGCCCAGGCUGCUAGAAUGCUCUAAAAACAUGGCUCCCCCUGGAAUUGUUUUGUGUCUUGAAUGUGUUUUGGAACUUUUUUCCAGCAUUUCAAUGAAUUUUAAAAAGAAUACCAAAAAACACACAAGUGUUGUGGACAAAGUUUAAACUCCAUUGAUACUUUUUAAUUUAUGUAAUAUGAAAAUUAUGUACAGGCCUGGGCCUACAGGGCGUAUAUGUUUAGUUACCCCAGUUAAUCCUAAUCAUGCUGGAUACGAUUGAUUCUGCCUUUGCGACCAGUGUAGAUCAUGAUCAGCAUUCAGCCGGUAUCUUUUUGGUAAAUAUCCCUUUUAACAAUUAAUGGUACUGUCCAAAUUGAAAGAUGGACACGUUCAUUAUAGAAAUUUAGCAGGGUAAAGUUUAAUAUGAGCGUACUACUUGCUGUCAGAUUUUGAUGCAUACAUAGCCUUGUAAAAGAAAUCAGUAGCAGGUGUUAAGUGUUCUUGGUCAAAUCAUUCUCAACUUUUUUUCAGACGUCUGCAAAUUAUUUCUCUACAUAUUCCUUCAGUGAAGUUUUUAAAACAGAAGCUACAGGUAUAUCACCUAAUACAUGUAUUAAAUCUGGUGUCUGCAAAUUAUUUCUCUACAUAUUCCUUCAAUGAAGUUUUUAAAACAGAAGCUACCGGUAUAUCACCUAAUACAUGUAUUAAAUCUGGUGUCUACGUCUUCACUUAGAUCUAGGCGCUUAAAUAUUAACACUGGAGUGUACAAAAUUCUUCAGUGGAGAUAAAAAAAAAGAAUGAGACUGGCGCAUAUUUUUUUAACCAUUACCAUGCUAUAUUUCUAAAAAGGACUGGCCUAUCAUUUUAAAAUUUGGGCAGUACCACUUAUUAUUCAAAGGGGUGUUCAGUGAAAAUUUAUGGACUGAAUAGCGAACAGUGCAGACCAUGAUCUGUGCAGGCUGCACUGGUCGCAAAGGCAAAACCACUGUCAGUAAAUUUUCAGUGAAAACCCCUUUGAAUAAUAAGUGGUACUGAAUGAUGGACCAGUCCAUUUUAUAAAUUUAGCAGGGUAAAGGUUAACAAAGUGUAUAAAAAAGUGUGUGAUCCUGAUAAACACUGGUCCUGGUUGCUGAAGAUAAUAAACAGUGUAGAUAUUUACCUAAUCUUGAAAUAAUUGUUGUUAAUAUUUUACAUUCAGCAAUAAAUCUGAUACAGUCAAACCUGUAUUAAGCAGCCAGUCAAGGAAGCAACGUAAUCUGACUGUUUAAGGCAGAUGGCUGCUUAUGACAAGUUUGAUGUUGGAACAAAAAGUCAAUUUGGAAAGAAAACUGACUGGCUGGUUAAGGCAAGUGGCCGCUUAAUACAGGUGGCAGCUAAGGCAGGUUCUACUGUAUUGUUAAUAGAUCCAUUGAUCCAGUCUGUUUGUUUGUUGUUGCCAUAGAAAUUAAUUUAAAAGUAAACAAUAUUAGAAUACUCGUGUAGCUCUUCAGAUAUUAUCGUACAUGAUCAGUGGAACAUCUGUGCCUUUUCCCACAGGUUAUAUUGUGAUGAAUAAAUACUGUCUAUUUAUGUGAAGUCUGUGAUAAUAAAUAAAUGUAAUUUAAAUGUG